AUAAUAGAAGGAAUGAGGAGCGGGGAAGAAAUAGCUACUUGUUGUCAAGGUGCUGCAUGACUGGGGGAAAAGCAGUGCAUGACCAUCAUUUCACUGCCAUCUUUAUCCAGUACAGCUUCCUAACAGCCAGGAAUUGAGUUUCUGUUCUUCCAAUAGUCACGGUUGCUCAGCCAAAGUCAUGACUUCUGGCACAAGAGAGAAGAUAUGGCUAUUUGUUGCUGUGACAUAUUUGUUUCAGGGAAUUACUUAUUCAGAAGAAAUGAAAAGAAUGGAGAGAGCUGUGGAUCCUGAAGCAUUUAUGAAUGUUAAUGAGCUCAUUACUUACAAAGGGUACCCCAGCGAGCAGUAUGAAGUGAUGACAGAAGAUGGUUAUAUCAUUACCAUUAACAGAAUUCCUUAUGGUACUCAGAAUCAAGGAAGCUCAGCUUCGAAGCCUGCUGUGUUUCUCCAGCAUGGAUUAUUGGGAGAUGCUAGUAACUGGGUCACAAACCUGCCCAACAACAGCUUGGGCUUCAUGCUAGCUGAUGCUGGUUUUGACGUUUGGAUGGGAAAUAGCAGAGGGAAUCGCUGGUCAAGAAAACAUGAAAAUUAUUCCAUUGAUCAAGAUGAAUUCUGGGCUUUCAGUUUUGAUGAGAUGGCAAGGUUUGAUCUUCCAGCAGCAAUAAAUUUCAUUGUGGAGAAAACAGGACAGGAAAAGUUGUACUAUAUUGGCUAUUCACAAGGUACUACCAAUGCUUUCAUCGCAUUUUCAACAAUGCCAGAGCUGGCUCAAAAAAUCAAACUCUUUUUUGCAUUGGCACCUGUCACUGCUAUUAAGUAUGCUAAAGGCCCGGCCACAAAACUCCUCUACCUUCCUGAAAAAGUGCUCAGGGGUAUGCUUGGCAAAAGAGAAUUCCUCCCCCAGACUGAAGGUCUAAGAAGGAUAAUAGCCCCUGUCUGCAGCCACCGAGCUUUAGCUGGGCUUUGUAGAAGUGUCUUCUUCAGUCUGGGUGGCUGUAACUUGAAAAACAUUGAUGUGAACCGAAUCAAUGUGUAUAUUGCCCAAACCUCCGCUGGAACUUCUGUGCAGAACAUAGUCCAUUGGAGUCAGGUGGCCCGCUCAGGGAAGUUCCAAGCUUAUGACUGGGGCAGUUCAAAGAAGAACAUAGAAAAAUACCAACAGACUAUUCCUCCUCUCUACAACAUAGAAGACAUGACUGUACCAACUGCAGUAUGGACUGGAGGACAAGACUUGCUCGCAGAUCCCAAGGAUGCGGCCAUUUUACUGUCUAAAAUAAAGAAGCUUAUCUAUCACAAGAAGAUUCCUGAAUGGGCACACCUGGAUUUCAUCUGGGGAUUGGAUGCACCUUUGCAUAUGUACAAUGAAAUUAUUGAUCUGAUGCAGGAGUCCUUAACCCACAACCAGUAGCCUUAUCUGACUCAUUCAACAACAUUCAGAUUCAUUCAGUACAAAAAAAGCCCUUCUGUUGCAUCUGGACCCAAAGAAAGGGUACCUCCUGCAUACCCCAUGUCACUCCAAUGCCUUUUGCAUCCUGAUA